AUGGUCGACGCGUCCACAAAUCCCCGCACUACUCUUCACCCCGCCAUGAUCCGUCAACCGGCUCCUACAUACAACAACAAAGGACACGAAUUCGAAAUGAGAGAACCUUCCCAACACCCCCACAUGACAAUGUCACCCUCGCGGACCAACAGCCACGAUUCCUAUUCUUCAACCGAUACAAGUACUAGUGCUAGUGCUCACGCAGCAGGAAGCGUACCUGUACAUCAGAGGGGUGGAAAGGGGAAUGGAGGAUUGUGUUGUGGGAUUUGUGCGGGGUUGGCGUGUUUUGAGUGUUUGGAGUGUUGUUGUUAA